AUGGAUUAUACAGAUCAGGGUAAUAAAAAGAUUAAAAACCAAGGAAACAAUCAAAGUCAAAGUAUGCAAGUGAGUAAGGGCAGCAGCUUUAUGGAUAAUGUUGGCACUAACUCUAAGCUUGGAUUGCUUGGAAGAAAGAGAAUGUCUAAAGAAGUUGAGGAAAUAUCAAGAUUUAACCCAGUUCUAAAUAGUCCAAAGGAAAAAAGUGUAAAAUUGCAAUUUAAUCCAUUAAUUGGUAUUUAGAAAUUUAUAAAAAGCCCAACAAACAAAGAACAACCAGCUGAUAAUUUAUUAGAUGAUAUUAAACUUGUAGAAUCAGAAUAUGAUUUCCAAAUACCAAAGCAAAGCAAGAGGCCUUCAUCACAGCAAUCGAAUAACAGCAUGAAAUUUGCUAGUCAUAUUGCCAAGAGGCAAUAAGUUAUUGAACUCAGUUGUGACGAUCUAUUGGCAGAUCAGCUACCAGAUAACUUCGAUAUAGAUUAAGUUCAAAAGAAAAAGGAUGACUAUUGUUCUCUUUGUACUAAAGCUCUAGGUUUUUUAAAGAAACCUAGACAUAAUUGUUAUAAUUGUGGGGCUUGUGUUUGCGAUAAAUGUUCUAAUCAAAAAAUAUAACUAAGCAAAAGAGACCCUACUAAGUACAGAGUUUGCAACUAUUGCUACACUAUAAAGACAAAUAGAUAGAUUAUUCUUUUUUACAAGGAAAUGGAUAAUGCAAAAAAGUAAAGUAUCUAGGAUUUGUAAAAUAGAAAGUUAAUGUACAAGGAGAUGCUGCUUAAUGAUGAAAAGGAAAUCAGAAAUCUAAAAAGAGCUUUAGAGGAAUAAGAAAUUGAAUAAUAAGAUUAAUUAGAGAAACUAGCUGACUAGUUAAAUAAUCUUAAUAAUGAACUUAAGAGAAAUAAGGACUAAAAUAGGUAGUGGGAAGCAAUGCUUGGAGAGGAGGAGUAAAAUGCUGGAAAGAAAUAACAGGAAAUAACUACACUUGAACAAACCAAAAGAGAAUUAGAAAAGGAAUUAUUGAGAGUUGAAACUAAGAUAAAACAAAUCACAGAAGAAGUUAAUCAGUUUGUUUAUCAACUGAUGAAGCUUGAUAAGUCUUAAAAAGUUUAAGAUUAGCCAAAGGAGAUUUAGAGAAUCACUUUUAAAUAUUAAGAUGAAAAGAAUAAUAAAGAGAGAGAAAAUAAAACCAAGCUUAAAUAGCAAUUUCUCACACAGCAGGUUAACCCGAUAAUCGAGGUGUCAGCUGAAUAAGAUAAUACCUAUCUAGAUUCUAUUGAUGCUCGAAGAAAUAACUCAUAGAACUUUGAGUAGAUCAGAAAUAAAGAUCGUAAGAAAAAAUGA